AUGGGUAAACUAGGGAGGCGGGUGCACAGGCUGCUGCUCCUCUUCUUAGCAGCAGCAGCAAUUCCUCUCCUUGUCCCCAGCAGCAGCAGCAGCAGCAGACGCCUCCCUGCUGCCGGACCUCCGCUGAUUCUCCUUGCCGAUGCUGGGGACAGUCUGGUACAAGGCAAUGCCUCUAGCAGCAACAGCAGCAACAGCAGCAACAGCAGCAGCAGCAGCAGCAGCAGCAGCAGCACCAGUGGCAGGGGUAAUGCUGUCUCCCCCGAUGGGGGUGUCCCUCAAACGGGGUACCCGGUCACAGCAGCAGCAGCAGCAGCAGCGGCAGAGGCAGCAGCAGGGUCACUAGAGCCUGCAACAGCAGCAGCAGAAGAAGCAGCAGCAGGAGCGCUAGAGCCUGCAGCAGCAGCUGCUGCACAAGCAGCAGAAGCAGCGCUAGAGCCUGCAGCAGCUGCUGCUGCACAAGCAGCAGCAGGAGCGCUAGAGCCUGCAGUAGCAGCUGCUGCACAAGCAGCAGCAGGAGCGCUAGAGCCUGCAGCAGCUGCUGCUGCACAAGCAGCAGCAGGAGCGCUAGAGCCUGCAGCAGCAGCUGCUGCACAAGCAGCAGCAGGAGCACUAGAGCCUGCAGCAGCAGCUGCUGCACAAGCAGCAGCAGGAGCACUAGAGCCUGCAGCAGCAGCAGCAGCUGAAGCAGCUGCCGGGUCGUUGGAGCCAGCAGCAGCAGGAGCAGCACAGGCAGCAGCAGGGUCGCUUGAGCCAGCAGCAGCAGCAGCAGCAGAAGUAGCUGCCAUGUCUUUGGAGCCUGCCGCAGCAGCAGCAGCACAGGCAGCAGCAGGAUCACUAGAACCAGCAGCAGCAGCAGCAGCAGAAGUAGCUGCCGUGUCGUUGGAGCCAGCUGCAGCAGCAGCAGCAGAAGUAGCUGCCGUGUCGUUGGAGCCAGCUGCAGCAGCAGCAGCACAGGCAGCAGCAGGAUCACUAGAGCCUGCAGCAGCAGCAGCAGCACAGGCAGCAGCAGGAUCACUAGAGCCCGCAGCAGCAGCAGCAGCACAGGCAGCAGCAGGAUCACUAGAGCCUGCAGCAGCAGCAGCAGCACAGGCAGCAGCAGGAUCACUAGAGCCUGCAGCAGCAGCAGCAGCAGAAGCCGCAGCAGCAGCACUAGAGCCUGCAGCAGCAGCAGCAGCAGAAGCUGCAGCAGGAUCACUAGAGCCCGCAGCAGCAGCAGCAGCAGAAGUAGCUGCCGUGUCUGUGGAGCCAGCAGCGGCAGCAGCAGCAGAAGCAGCAGCCGGGUUUUUGGAACCAGCAGCAGCAGCAGCAGCAGAAGUAGCUGCCGUGUCGUUGGAGCCAGCAGCGGCAGCAGCUGCAGAUGCAGCUGCAGCGUCUCUGGAGUCAGCAGCAGCAGCAGCAGCAGAAGCAGCUGCUACAUCAAUAGAGUCAGCAGUAGCAGAAGCUGCAGCAGCAGCGGCAAAAGCAGCUGCUGUACUAAUAGAGUCAGCAGCAGCAGAGGAAGCAGCAGCAGCAGUAGAAAGAGCCGCUACAUCAAUAGAGGCAGCAGCUGCAGAAGAAGCAUUAGCAGCAGCAGCAGCAGCAGCAGCAGCAGCAGGUAGAUCCGAGUUAGGAGGUAUGAUCGCAGCAGCAGGUAGUGGCUCAGCAGCAGCAGGCAUAGCAGCAACUGCAGCAGAGCAAUCAGCAGCAGCAGGUAUAACAGCAGGUACAGCAGCAGCAGGUAUAACAGCAGCAGGUAUAACGGCAGCAGGACCAGUAGCAGCAGGACCAGCAGCAGCAGGACCAGCAGCAGCAGGACCAGCAGCAGCAGGUAUAACAGCAGCAGGACCAGCAGCAGCAGGUAUCCCAGCAGCAGGUAUAACUGCAGCAGGUAUAGAAGCAGGUUCACGAGCACCCGAUGCAGCAGCAGCAGCAGCAGCAGCAGCAGCAGCACCUGCAGCAACAGCAUUUCUUGCACCACCACCACCAACACCAACAGCAGCAUCGCCAGCACCAGCAACAGGAGCAGCAGCACCAGCAACAGGAGCAGCAGCAGCAGCAAAAGGAGCAGCAGCACCGGCAACAGGAGCAGCACCAGCACCAGCAGCAGGAGCAGCGGCACCAGGACCAGGAGCAGCAGCACCAGCAAAAGGAGCAGCAGCGGCACCAGCAAAAGAGGCAGCAGCACCAGCAACAGGAGAAGGAGCACCGGCAAAAGGAGCAGCAGCAGCAUCAGUAAAAGGAGCAGCAGCACCAGCAGCAUUAGCAGCAGCAGCACCAGCAAAGGGAGCGGCAGCACCAGCAACAGGAGCAGCAGCAGCAUCAAUAAAAGGGGCAGCAGCACCAGCAGCAGGAGCAGUAGCAGCACCAGCAACAGGAGCAGCAGCAGCAUCAGUAAAAGGGACAGCAGCACCAGCAACAGGAGCAGCAGCAGCAUCAGUAAAAGGAGCAUCAGCACCAGCAACAGGAGCAGCAGCAGCAGCAGUAAAAGGAGGAGCAGCAGCAACAACAGGAGCAGCAGCAACACCAGCAACAGGACCAGCACAAGCACCAGCAAAGGGAGCAGCAGCAACAAAAACAGGAGAACUAGCAACAAAAACAGCAACAACAGCAGCAGCACCCAUACCUCCAGCAGCAGCAACAGCACCCCCACCAGCAAAGGGAGCAGCAGCAACAGCAGUACUCCCACCAGAAAAAGCAGCAGCAGCAACCCCACCACCACCAUCAUCAUCAGCAGCAGCACUCCCACGUGCAGCAGCAGCAGCACUCCCACAACAACAACAACCACCAGCAGCAGCAGCAGCAGCGUCACCAGCAGCAGCUCUCCCACGCGCAGCUGGAGCAGCACUCCCACGUGCACCAGCAGCAGCAUCCCCCCCACCACCAGCAGCAGCAGCAUCAGCAGCAGCAACACGGCAACCAGCAGCAACAUCUGGAGCAGCAACAGCAUUUCGUACAUCACCACCACCAGCAGGAGGAGCAGCAGCAGCACCACCACCACCACUAUCACCAUCAGCACGAGGAGGAGGAGGAGGAGAAAGAGUGCCAAUAGCAACAGCAUUUCGUGCUGCACCUCCUCCAUCAUUACAAUCAGUAGCCUCAGCAGCAGCAGCAGCAGCAGCAGAUGAUAAUCCCGUUCCAUGUCUAAUUCGUCCUCCGUAUAGUAAUCGUCGAAAAAAUGAAUUUUUUGAUUUCGAAAAUUUGGACGAACAAAUCGAAAAAAUAUUUUCAAUUAAUUAUCAACAAAUUGAUCUACAGAGUGCAGCUAUUGCUAGGUCUGUGGAUGCAUCGCGUACAGCUCGUCAACCAAUAGGUCGUAUAAUAAUAGGUGUAUCUGAUUUACAAUUAGUAGAUCGUGAUUUUGAUUUGCUGCUGCAGCGUCGUCAAGACAACAGCAGCAGCAACAGCAGCAGCAGCAACAGCAGCAGCAGCAGCAGCAGCAGUAGCAGCAAUAUUCGAAGUAGUACAAUAGGAGGGAGUAACGGACAUCGUUGGAUAGGUACAAGAGCAGAGGCAGAAGCAUUAGGAAAAGCAGCAAUAAAUGCAGAUAUACUGCAGCAGCAGCAGCAAAUAAAAGAUGUAAAAGUAUUACCUGAAUUAGGUUUAUUAGUUGUUGAUUUUCCUCCUCAAUCUACAGAAAAACAAAUCAAAGAAAUCAUCAAAAAUAUUUGGAUUAAAUCUCCUGCUGCUUGGCUAAUUGAGGCAGACUCUGAGGUACAUAUAAGACAUCCAUCUGCUGCUGCUCCUCCUGCUGCUCCUGCUGCAGAUACAGCAGAUACAGCAGCAAGCAGGGGACAGGUAGAUAUGGAUGGGGAAGACGAUCAUAAUGAUUGGCGACAACGAGGGAAGGGAGAUGCAACAGCAGCAAGUGCAGCAACAGCAGCAACAGCAGCAAAUGUAGAUGGAGAGCAGCAGGAAAUAACAGCAGCAAAAAGGAAACUUGUAGGGGGUAAUGAUAUAUAUAGCAGCAGCAGCAGCACAAAGGCAAGACAGCAGCAGCAGCAGCAGCAAAGAUUAGAGAAGAGUGCAGCAAGGAAACAGAAGCAGCAAGAGAUAAGAGCUCUGCAGACAGAUAAUAAGGCAGCAACAAAGAAGGAGAGAGGAAACAGCAACAAAUUGCAGCAGCAGCAGCAGCAGCAGCAGCAAAAGUUAUCAAAGGGUAAGGCUGGUAAGGAUAUACAGCAGCAGAAGCAGCAGCAAAAGUUGCUGAAGGCGCAGCAGCAGCAAGAUAGACCUUUUUUCCAUGAUAAACAGCAGCAGCAGCAGCAGCAGCAGCGAGCUCGUGGCCAGAAGCAGCAGAAAGCAACAAAACUUAAGGCACAACAACGUGACGAAUUCAGCAGCAGCAACAGCAGCAGCAGCAGCAGCAGCAGCAGCAGCAGAGGACCAUUUACUGCUUCUCUUGGACCUGAACCUCUUAAUGAUGGUUAUAUGCAGCACAUGCAGCUUCCUGCUGCAGUUGCUGCUACACCGCAGCAGCUACAUUUUGGGGGUAAUAUAAGACGUCUACAAUCUGCUGCUGCUGCUGCUGCUGCUGCUGCAGCAACAGGUGCAGCAGGAGGAGAGGGAGAAGAAGAAGAAGAAAAAAGAGGAGAAGAAAAAAAUGCAACAAUAGAACGUGAUGUACAAGAUGUAACAGAUACAGAAGUAUACUAUGAGGAUGAGGAUACAUUAUUAUAUCGUGAGGAUUUUUUAGAUAAAGAAGAGAAAAGACCUAAUGAUGUUUAUUUUAGUAGACAAUGGGGAUUAAUUCAUCAACAAUUAGGAUGUAAUAUACAAGAUGCAUGGCAUCUUGUAUAUACAAGAAGAAAACAACAACAACAACAACAACAACAACAACAACAACAAAGAGAAGCAAAAGAAGCUGCAGCUGCUGCUGCUGCUGCAGAAAAAGCUGCAGCAGGAGGUGCAACAGGAGGUGCAACAGGAGGAGGAGGAGGUGCAAUAACAACAACAAAACAUUCAUCAUCUACAGCAGAUACAUCAACAAGAUCAUCAUCAAUAGGAGCAACAAGAACAUCAGGAGGAGGAGCAGCAGCAACAGCAGCAGCAGCAGCAAGAGGAGCAGCAGGAGCAGCAGAUCCAAUUAUAGUAGCAGUAAUAGAUACAGGUGUUGAUUAUACACAUGAAGAUCUAAAAGGAAGACUAUGGAAAAAUUAUCACGAAAUACCUAAUAAUGGUAUUGAUGAUGAUGGUAAUGGUUAUAUAGAUGACUAUGAUGGUUAUGAUUUUGAAUUGAAUAGAGCAGAACCAAUGGACCAUCAUGGUCAUGGUACACAUGUUGCUGGUAUACUUGCUGCCUCUGCUAAUAAUGGUAUAGGUGCAAAUUGGCGUGUAUUAUUGAUGCCAUUAAAGUUCGAGAAGCGUAGUAGUGCAGCAGUAGAGGCAAUAGCAUAUUCAAUACAAAUGGGGGCAUUAAUAUCAACAAAUUCAUGGGGAUUCUCAUUUAAAUCCGAGGCAUUAAAAUUAGCAUUACAACAAGCAGAAAUUAAUGGACAAUUAUUUGUUGCUGCUGUUGAUAAUGCAGGCGCAGAUAAUACUACGAGUAAAGAUUUUCCUCCUAAUUGGGGUUAUGAUUGGAGGACAGGAAGAGGAUUUCGUAAUUUAUUACGUGUUGCUAAUUUAGCACCAACUGGCAAAUUAUCUGCAUCCUCUAAUUAUGGUCGUUAUAAUGUAGAUAUAGCAGCACCAGGUACGGAUAUAAUAUCUACAUUACCUGCUAAACAAUUCGGAGAUAAAUACGGAUAUAAGAGUGGUACUUCUAUGGCUACUCCUCUUGUUGCAGGUAUAGCUGCAUUAGUAUGGGGAGAAAGGAGACAAAUGACAGCAGCAGAGCUAAGAGAUGUGCUGCUGUUCUCUGUGUCUCCCCUAGCAGCACUGCAGCAGCAAAUAGCUAGCGGGGGUAUAAUAGAUGCAGCAGCAGCAAUAAGGGUAGUGCAUGCAUUAAAUAAUUAUUAUGAUCAAGGUAUAGAUUCCCCAUUAGCUAAUUCCUUUAUUAGAUGGCAGCAGCAGCAGCUUAUGCAGCAGCAGCAGCUACUUAAUGGUGGUGCUAGCAGCAGCAGCAGCAGCAGCAGCAGCAACAAUUUGGGACCAGCAGCACAUCUUCAUGAUCCACCUUUCCCGUCUUCUCCUGCUGCAGCAGCAGCAGCAGCAGCAGCAACUGCAGCAGCUAAUGGUCAAGAUCUUAUACUUAAUCCAUCAUCACCUGCAGCAGCAGCUGCAGCAGCAGCAGCAGCAGCACAAACAGGAGGUGCAGCAACAUAUCCUUAUGAUCCAGCUGCAGCAGCAGCUAACCCACAAGGAUCUGCAGCAGCAGCAGCAGCAGCAGCAGCAGGUUAUCCUUCUUAUCCUGUUCUUGUUGUUCCUCCUCAACCCCUAACAGGAGUUAGUAGUCCUUCUCCUCAAUCCUCUUCUUAUACCUCCCUAGACACCCCAACAAGCAGCAGCAGCAGCAACAACAACAACAACAGCAACAACAACAACAGCAGCAACAGCAACAGCAGCAACGACAGCAGCAAAGCAGCAACAAGUGCAGCAGCAAGCUCCCCUCUUACCUUCUUCUCAAGACUUUUAGAUCCUUUUGCUCUCUUUGCUCGAUUC